UAAUUUUGCUGCUACAGGGAACAUUUACUUUCUUCAUCGACAGAAGGAAGCAAAUCUUGUUCAAUUCUAAUCAAUCAAAAUAUAUAUAAUGAUUCAUUAUAUUGCCUUUUUGGUGUCAAACUUGGAAAAGGUUUUUUUCUUCUUUCUAUGGAACAUAAAAGACGUACUCUACGAUUGAACAAUCAUCACCAGCCUCACAGACAAUGUUGCCCAUCAAUAACCAAAGUCUACCAUCAAAACCUACACAGGGAUUUCCAGAUAUUGCACGUUGGGUUGCAUGUUCUACACCAUGGAGUAAGCCAAAUCUCAGUAAUAAAAAGCCUGACCUGACGCGAAUUCAAAGCCUGGGAGAAUGUUUCCAGUUUCUCACAGACAUGGCCAAGGAGGUAGAAGAUAUCAACAAGGGCAGAAAUAAAAGCACACUGGAAAGACACAAGAAAGGUGCAGGAGAAGACUCUGUGCCAGUCGAUGUAGAGAGCAGCAAGAGUCUCAUUCUGUCAUGGGCCAAAGAACUGGACAGACUCAACAUGUCAAGAGGAUUGACAAAGAAAGCAUCUGUGAAAGCAGAGGUUACAGAAAUGAAGGAUAAAGAUGUGUGUGAUAUCUCAAAAGACAGUGAGAGGAUCAUGAAGUGGGCACAAGAGUUACAGACUGUCACAGAGAAUUUAAGUCUGACAGAUGGAGACUUAAGGCAGAUUCUUACUAAUCACAGUGUAACACAUAGAAAACUAGAUGAAGUCCUUCAUUUCCUGGAAUUUGUGGUGUGGACUCUUCUCUCACAUGACUCUGAGGAUGUUUCAAAAAUAUGGUUGCCAGUGAAGCAGAGAGAAUGGAAGACAAGAAGACAGAAAUAUAUCCCUUAUUCAGUUUGGCAGUGGAUUCAGAGUGCUUCAGUUGAUGUGCUUCUAGAUUCCAGUUCAUGCCACCCCUGGCUGUAUGUGUCAGAAGACAAACUGAAAGUGUAUGAACUGCACAAUCCCCCUCGACAACAGCAACGGGAAAACCCUCAAAUUUUUGACAAGCAGCCUUUUGUCCUAGGGCUCAACGGAUUCUCCACUGGGAGACAUUACUGGGAGGUGAAGGUGCCAGCAGAAGGAAAAUGGAGGUUAGGGGUAGCAGCCGCCUCUGCUCAAAGAAAAGGCCGCUUCCACAUUGCCCCAGGUACAGGCUACUGGACUAUUUGUAACAGGCCUGAGAGACUGCAGGCAUGCACUGAUCCCCGUACUGAGCUACCGAAUUCUGUACCACUUCAGGUGGUUGGGGUUUAUGUGGACUAUGAGGAAGGACAAGUUUCCUUCUAUAAUGGUAAAAGCAGGUUCCAUAUCUACACUUUCUCCCAGACUUUUAGAGAAGUGCUUUUCCCUGUUUUUGCUUGUCUGGAUGGGAAAAGUGUAUUAAAAAUCUGUACAUCAUAAAUCUCUGUAUUUAAUGAAAGAAUAACUUAUUUAAUACACAUUCCAUUAUUUUCUUUGUUCUAUUUCUCUACACAUUAUACCUAUAGAAUAUUUACAGUUUUGUGGGUGAACGAUGUAGAUAUAGAAGUUUAUAUAUACAGAUGCUUUAAUUUAAUGCAGUGUCUAGUGAGUGGCGAAAAGUUGACACAACUAUCAGACUCUGAUUAUCUUGUCUGGUCUAUGACUCUGUAUUACUCAGACAAAGUAUGGUGCAAACCAGUUGUACAGGCUGUGUUGUAAAGAUUUUUGCACAAGUCUGAAUAAGUGCUUUGUCUUGAUCAGGGUCAAAGUUGAUCCAGAGCCUAUCCAGAAAACAGGCAGGAAUAUAUCCUGAAUGGGAUACCAGUCCAACAUUAUUCACAAACAGAGACACUUUAUCAUAGCCAGUCCACCUACUCAUGUUUUUUAGAAGGUGGAAGGAAACUGAAGAAAACUUAAGGUCACAAUAAAUAAGUGAGAAGUUUGAAGUGCAGUGCGGGAAUGUGAAGUGAGAAUGAGUAAAAACGGUUAAGAGGACCUUUGAUCAGACACACACAUAUGCCUCACAUGUUUUUUUCUUUACUUCAUUGAUUUCCUUUUCUUUUUUUUUCUUUUCCUUUCCAACAUCAACUUGUUGAAGCAUUUUUGUAGGACGAGAUAUAAUAACAUACUUUUGUUUUGGAUUAUUCACUUUUUUAUAUUUUGUCCCAAGCAUAAUAUAAGCAUGUCAUUAUACUAUUUCAUAAAAUGUAAAGUGGAAAAGGUGUUAAAUGAAUUAAAUACAUAAAAACAAGUUAAAAGUUGGCAGGUCAAGUAUUGCACAAGGACUCCAUUUUCAAUAACAUACCAUGGCCUACAAACAUGACUGUACUGGACUCCACUUCCCACAACACACACCAUGUUACCUAUUCUCUCAUUGGUACCUUUAUAAUCCACUUUAAUUUAAGCCACACUGAAGUAUGUGUUCAGUUUCCCUAGAGUUAUGUCCAUACCAAGCCUUUUGUUACUGUUUGAUCAUUCAUGACUUUGUUCAUGGUUUUUGACUCUGACUGAUCUUGGUUACACUGUUUGCUGAUUGCUUGACCUCUCCCUCUUUAUUGUUUUUGAGUCUUCCUAGUGUUUGGAUAUUUUUUUCC